CCACCCGUUUACUCUCCAGGUCUUUUCCAGGGACUCCUCGCGGCUGGCUCUUCUGCAAGAUGUUGGGGUUUCUGCAGCGCCCCGUCGUGGUGACCGCGGAUGUCAACUUGACCGUCGUGGCUCUGACGGCGGCGGGGCUGCUGAGCAGGCUGUGGCGCCUCACCUACCCCCGGGCUGUGGUUUUCGAUGAAGUCUAUUACGGGCAGUACAUCUCUUUUUACAUGAAGCGGGUCUUCUUUUUGGAUGGCAGCGGACCGCCCUUUGGCCACAUGCUGCUGGCCUUGGGAGGUUAUUUGGGAGGAUUCGACGGCAACUUUGUGUGGAACAGAAUUGGAGCAGAAUACAGCAGCAACGUGCCCGUGUGGUCCUUGCGCCUGCUGCCGGCCCUCGCAGGGGCCCUGUCGGUGCCGAUGGCCUACCAGAUCCUGUGGGAGCUCCGAUUUUCUCACUGCGCCGCCAUGGGAGCCGCCCUGCUGAUGCUCAUCGAGAAUGCGCUGAUCACGCAGGCCAGGCUGAUGCUUUUGGAAUCGCUGUUAAUAUUUUUUAAUCUACUGGCCGUGCUGUCCUACCUGAAGUUCUCCAACUCCCAGAAGCACAGGCCCUUCUCCCCGAGCUGGUGGCUGUGGCUGACGCUGACCGGAGUGGCCUGCUCCUGCGCUGUUGGCAUCAAGUACAUGGGCAUUUUCACUUACUUGCUGGUGCUCGGAGUCGCCGCCGUCCACACCUGGCACCUGAUCGGAGACCGGGCUCUGUCCAAUGUCUGUGUGCUGUGCCACGUGCUGGCCCGCGCUGUGGCUCUGGUGGUCGUCCCGGCCGUCACGUACCUGCUGUUCUUCUACGUCCACUUGACGCUGCUCUGCCGCUCCGGGCCCCACGACCAGAUCAUGUCCAGCGCGUUCCAGGCCAGCCUGGAGGGGGGGCUGGCUCGGAUCACGCAAGGCCAGCCCCUGGAGGUGGCCUACGGCUCACAGGUCACCCUGAAGAGCGCCUCGGGCAAGCCUGUGCCCUGCUGGCUCCACUCCCACCCGAGCACCUACCCGCUGAGCUACGAGAACGGCCGGGGCAGCUCCCACCAGCAGCAGGUGACCUGUUACCCCUUCAAAGAUGUCAACAACUGGUGGAUUGUCAAGGACCCCGGGAGGCACCAGCUGGAGGUGAGCAACCCGCCCAGGCCCGUGCGGCACGGGGACGUGGUGCAGCUGGUGCACGGCAUGACCAGCCGCCUCCUCAACACGCACGACGUGGCAGCCCCCCUGAACCCCCACGCGCAGGAGGUGUCCUGCUACAUCGACUACAACAUCUCCAUGCCCGCCCAGAGCCUCUGGAGGCUGGACAUCGUGAACAGAGAGUCGGACGCCGAGGUCUGGAAGACCAUCCUGUCGGAGGUGCGCCUCGUGCACCUGAACACGUCGGCCAUCCUGAAGCUGAGCGGGGCCCACCUCCCCGACUGGGGCUUCCGGCAGCUGGAGGUGGUUGGGGAGAAGCUGUCCCGGGGCUACCACGAGAGCGCCGUGUGGACCGUGGAGGAGCACCGCUACGGCAGGAGCCAGGAGCAGAAGGAGAGGGAGCUGGAGCUGCACUCACCAACUCACGUGGACGUCAGCAGGAACCUGAGCUUCAUGGCCAGAUUCUCGGAGCUGCAGUGGAGGAUGCUGACGGUGAGGAGCGACGACUCGGAGCACAAGUACAGCUCCACGCCGCUGGACUGGGUCACCCUGGACACCAACAUCGCCUACUGGCUGCACCCCAGGACCAGUGCUCAGAUCCACCUGCUGGGGAACGUGGUGAUCUGGGCUUCCGCCGGCCUCGCCACUGCGCUGUACGCCCUGCUCUUCUGCUGGUACCUGCUCCGCCGCCGGAGGCGUGUCUGUGAGCUCCCCGAGGAUUCCUGGCUGCGCUGGGUGCUGGCCGGGGCCCUGUGUGCCGGCGGCUGGGCGGCAAACUACCUCCCGUUCUUCCUGAUGGAGAAGACGCUCUUCCUCUACCACUACCUGCCCGCACUCACCUUCCAGAUCCUUCUACUGCCCGUGGUCUUGCAGCACAUCGGCGAGCACCUGUGCAGGUCCCAGCUCCACAGGAGCCUGUUCGGCGCCCUGGUGGUGGCGUGGUACUCGGCCGCCUGCCACGUGUUUAACAUGCUGCGCCCACUGACCUACGGGGACAAGUCGCUGUCACCCAGCGACCUCCAGGCCCUUCGCUGGAAAGAGAGCUGGGACAUUCUGAUCCGCAAACACUAGCAGGACUGGCACGAGACAUCCGGGGUCGGGACCGGGACACGCUCGGGGGAGCUGGCCAGGCCUGGCAGGGGCUCUCCUCUGGUCCCCUUCACCUUAAGCACCUUAUUCUUAUGCGGACAAUAAAGAACACGCUGUGCCCACAAA